AUUCCAUGCAAUAAACUGUCAAAUGGCGCAAAAUUCUGAAAAUGAGGCUGUAAGAGAUUAAGUUUGUUUAAUUAAAUCAGAAUUUAAUUUAAAAAAAAAGCCCAGUCUCUUAUUUGGUCAUUGAAGUUAAUUGAACAGUUUUUUACCUUCUGUUAAAGUUUACUGUAAAAAAGAAAUUAUUGCGUUCUUAUUUUAUUCAAUAAGCUAAUGAAAUAAAUUUAAGUAAUAAAAAUGACUAGUGAUCAAAGUUCGUUUUCGCCCUCGGAUGAAAACGACAAUUUAACAUCAGUUAAACUGUCACCUAUACAAAUACAACAAGAAUAUUUUGAAAAUCUGCCGGAUUGUGAUUGGGUCCAGUAUAAAAUAAGUAACCGAAAACAUCUGCAGCAGAAUAUUGCUUUUGCUCUGUUUGGCACGCCAAGUAGUGAAGGUGAUUUAUUGGGUGCGGACAGUGAGAAUGCUAAUUUGAAUGGUUACACAUCUAGACAGAAAGAAAAUGUUAUUAAAGUGUACAAUAAAAUAUGUGAACAAAGCCAAUAUUCUCAAAAUGACCAAGAUAUUUUCCUGUCUAUAUUACUUGUUGUUUGUGCUACACCAAAGCCCCUGAAAUUUUAUCAGUUAGAACCAUCAGACUAUUGGAUAGAUCUUCACAAAAAAACUGAUAUUAAUAUGCAGCUCACAGCUGUAUUUAAAGUUCGGAAAUGUAUUCCCACAACUGUUGGUGCGAAAUCAUGUAGAGUGUACAUAGAUGACCAUGCAAGAGUAUACCAUGACUGGACAUCAUAUUUAAACAAUAACACUUUACCAAAAUGUGUGAUAAUCGCACCGGAAAAUGGAGAAUAUGAAGGAUUGAUCACUGAGGGUGAAGAGUUCGCGGUUAAAUUGACGGUGGCGCCGUCGCCGUCGCUCGGCCUCAAAUCGAGGGUCCUGAGUACGGUGGACACGGCAAGUACGGUAGCGUCGCUGGGCGCGGUCGGUGUGUUGGGCGUCGCUGCGUUCACGCCCGUGGGGCCGGUUGUACUCGUCGGGGCCACUGUGGCCACCGUGGCUACGGGGCUGUACGGCCUUGUGAGGUCUUCGCUGCAUCUACACGACAGGAGGGUUCAUGAACAGAGUAUAAGCCCCACAGACGCGGAGGCGCGCGGCAGCUGGCUGAACAUAGCCGCGUCCAGCGUGGGCCUGUCGGCCGGCGCCGCUAGCACUAUGCUCGCACGCUCUGCGGCCGCAGGCACUAACUUGACCAAGGCUGGCCAAGCGCUAACGAUAUCGGUGGAAGUGCUGCGACAUGCGAACCUUGUGACGGGCGCCGCGGGUUUACUCAACAAUUUAGUGCAUAUCGUGCUUAAGUAUCACAAGCACGGCGAGAAGCCGACGAGCCUAGAGCUGUUCCAGUUCUCGACGUCGCUGCUGUUCUUCUACCAAGCGGCCGUGUCCAACCGCACCGCGCAGAACAUCAUCGAGGACGCGCAAGCGAAUACGAUCAAUGAAUAUCGCACUACGCUCAGGAGCAAUAAGCACAGGAAAAUAUUCGACAAGAUCAGCGCAGAGUCGCGGCGGGUGGCCGGCGCGGUGCAAGGCAACGCCGAAGUCAUCAACGGGAUACAGAACAUCGCGAACAAGGACCAAUUCUUCGCCGACGUGCUCCGAAUCAACAAGGACAUAAACCAGCACAAAUUGCGCAUCUCUAUGACGUCAGACGGCCGCGUCAACCUGAACGCGGCGCACAAGUUCGAGCCGUCGCAACUGUACGGGCUGGGCAGAGAAGGGCGGGCCCAGCUGUUCUCGUCUCUCGGGCCGGCGGAUCUGAACACACCGAACGUGCCCACCAGAGUGACGACCACCACGGCCGUGCAAACGCGCACGAUGGUAGAAGAAAAUACCGAUUCGAUAUUGGUGGGAAUCAACCCGGGGGAGGUUCUGCGCAUCGGUGCGUACUUAGUGCGCAUCAGCACGUCCGGAACGGAGAACAUUUCCGCCCUCCUCGAGAACCUCAGCCGGGACGUGUACGACGCUCUGAUGACGGUCGCUCUGAAUCUCGUGUCGCAAUUGAUCCCGGCGGAUAUCGCGAAGUUGAAACUACUCAGUCCGGACGAGGAUUUGAUACAGCAGGUCGUGAGAUUCGUCUUCAACUACCUGAAGCACGAACGGCCGAUGGGCGACCCGUGCCGGGAAACGGAUAACGGUAUUAUGAUUGUUCUGAAGGAGUUCUUUCAAAACGGCGUCGUGAGGCAGGACACUAUAUUGUAUUUGAAGGACCGCCUCGUUCGAUGGAUCGAUGAAGAGAUGGACAAGCGACGCCGGGAGUUUCCUAAUAAGAAACAAGUGGUGUGCGACGCUUGUCAGGGAAUAAGGUUUGCGUAAAACGAAAUAUUAUGUAUGAUGAAAUAAUAAUAAUUAUUAUUAUAUAUUUACAAUUAUCUCGAUACUGGGUUCAUUGGGGAACAAGCACAAAGUGGCUACACUAAUAUUGUAUUCCUAAAAAGACAUAUCAAAAUUUUAGAUCAGAAAUUUUCACUAUUUAUUAUAUCGUAUUUUAUUGAUGAAGUUAUUUACAAAAAAGAUGAAUGUGGUAAAUUUAAGAGCACUGUGAUAUUAAGAGGCGAUUGUAAUAUAAGAAAAAAAAGAAUAAUCAUUUGAAAAUAGAAGCUUUGUACUAAUUAUUAUUGUUAAGAUUCAUGUAUUCAGAAUUAUACUGGAAUGUAUAACUCAGUGUAUUUUAUUUAUGUUUACUAAAAUAAAUCAUUGCA